UGAAGAGUUGAAGUCAGCGGAAAAAAGAAAGUCGACCGACGACGUCGCCUUGAAGUCAGUUAGAGAGAGUGGUUAAGAAAAUAUUUAAAGUGGGGAAGGAAAGGAAGCACGAGUUUUGACGUUACUCUCUAACUCUCUUUUCUCCUUGUCCCUAGAUCCAAGAACUCGCUCACACUUAUUACCUUUCCUUCUUUGAUCUUUCAUCUUCGCCGUUAUUAGAAGUUUUACUUCGGCUGAUCAAACUUUUCCAGGGUUUGGUUUGGGAGUUUUUUUUUUAAAAUGGGGAGAUCAUCGCCGAGAAGAGGGCAGAGAUCAAAGGGAGUGAAGGUCAAACACUGUCUUCAGUUCACUCUGUUGCUCGCUGUGGGGAUAUGGCUUCUUUAUCAACUCAAGCAUUCACAUGUUGAUGACAAGAAAGGUGCUGCAAAGAUUGUUUCUGCUGGGGAGGAGGAUCAAGUGGUGAAGCUGGGAAGGAAAGAUGUUAACCGUGGUGGUGUCGUCGAGGAGACUAAGAAGAAUGAUGAAGUGAUCAAGAAUGAAGAGGAGAUUUUAGAGAGGGAGGAGGAGAGAGGCGAGGAGGAAGGGAGUAAUGACAAGGAAAGUCAAGGUACAGGGAAUGAAGAAGGGGAGGAUGAGAGUGAGACGAGUAGUGAAGAAGCUAGAGAGAAGAAUUACAAGGGUGAUGAUGCUUCCAGUGAGGUGGUUCAUGAGAUGGAGGAGGAAGAGAGUAAGUCUAAUAUUACUGAGACUGUCAGUUUCCAUGAAGACGAGUCUGGUCCAAAGACUGAACAACUAGUUAAAGAUUCUGUUAUUAUUAAUAAUAGUAAUGUUUCUUCUAACACAACCGAGGGGAAUCGAAGUGAUGAUGAUGGUGAGCAACAAGAGACUAAGACUGAAGCAGGGGAGAACACAGGAGGUGACAACGAGUCUGACGAAACAGUAACCAAGAGUGUGGUGUUGGAGAAGGGGUUCUCUGAUUCUAAUGGUGAAUUGCCUGAGAGUAGUAACCAGUCGGCUUCUAAUGCAACUGAAAAGACCAUUGGUUAUCAAGAAACUAGAAAUGAAGAAGACGAGCGGGAGAAGAUACAAUCUUCUAAGAUACAAUCUUCUCAACUCUCAUCUGAAGUGGAGAGUAAAAGCAAAGAGGAGUCCUUGUCCCAAGACGAUAGUAAAGAGGAAGGACCCCAGAAAAAGAAGAAAGAGGACUCUUCAUCCCAAGAGGAGAGUAAAGAAGAAGAGGGACAUAAGAAGGAGAAAGAAGAGACUUCACAACAAGAGGAAAAGGAGAAAGGAGAGGCUUCUUCGCAAGAGAAGAAUGAAAACAAAGAAACUGAGAACAUUGAGAAAGUAGAGUCUUCGUCCCAAGAGGAGGGUGUGAGCAAAGAAACUGAGAACAAGGAGAAAGGAGAGGCUUCUCUAAAAGAGGAGAACACUGAGAAAGUCCAGUCUUCGUCCCAAGAGGAGAAUGUGAGCAAAGAAGCCGAGAAGAGCGAGAAAGAAGAGUCCUCAGAAUCUCAGCAAACGGAAAGCACCGACAGCGAGAAGAACAUUGAACAGGUGGAAUCUACUGAUUCUUCAAACACACAGGAGAAGAGUGACGAACAUGAAACUGAUGGAAACAAGAGUCAGCCUGGCAGCCAGCAAAGCAAGUCGGCUGCUAAUGAUAUACAGAAAACAGAGAAUGACACAUCAAAAACAGAGUCGGACAAGGAGAAGAAAGACAACAAAACCGGUGAAACAGAGGAGUCCCAAAACGAUCAAGAGCAUACUAAGGACGCUGGAACAGAUCUGAAAACUCAGCCCGAGUCUAACAAUGGAUUCACCAACGACAAAGUUGCUGCUGAGUGAGUCCCUUUAACCAAAGUUGUCUGUCAUGUACUGUUGUAUACUACAUAUACUCGAAAAUACUUUUUUCAUAUCACUGGAACUAAUCCCCAAUUAGUAGUACUGAGUUUUGAAACCAAUCAAUAUAUGAAAUAAAACCAUUAUAUCU